GCAUGAAGACGGUCACGAUCGAGGACAUUCUGUACCGCGUGCAGCGCGUCGUGCGCUCCGAGGAGGACGUGGUGCGCGCGCAGCUCAAGGCCGCGCGCGUGGACGUCAUCCCGGGCUUCGCGCGCUUCGAGAGCGAGCACGAGAUCUCGGUCGUGCGCGACGAGGCCGACGCCAAGCGCAGCAGCAGCAACAGCAGCAGCAACCUGGACUCGCUCUCGCGCGUCAUGGCCGACAAGUUCCUCAUCGCGUGCGGCACCAGGCCCGCGCACAACCCGCUCGUGCCCAUCGACGGAAAGGUCAUCAUCGACAGCGACCAGAUCCUCAGCCGCGACAUGCACCAGCUGCCGCGCUCGCUCAUCGUCAUGGGAGCGGGCGUCAUCGGCAUGGAGUACGCCUCCAUGGUCAACGUCGUGCCCGGCCACUCGGUCACGGUGGUGGACGGCCGGCCCGACAUCCUGUCCUUCUGCGACCGCGAGAUCAUCAGCAAUCUCACGUACGAGAUGCAGAGCAACGGAGCGCGCUUCCUGCUGGGCGAGACCGUCAAGAAAGUUGAGACGACGGAGAACCGCGUGAAGGUCUUCUUCGAUAGUGGCAAGGUUCUUAGCGCCGACGCUCUGCUGUACACCGUUGGCCGUCAGGCGAGCACGGACGGACUGAACCUCGAGGCGGUGGGGCUUUCGCGCAACCACCGCGGCCUUAUCAACGUGAACCAGAACUAUCAGACCGACCAGCCCCACAUUUACGCUGCGGGUGACUGCAUCGGUGCCCCGGCCCUGGCGUCGACGAGUAUGGAGCAAGGUCGCUUGGCGUCCUGCCACAUGUGGAACCCUGACGAAGAGCUCAAAGUGACGAGCCAGUUGGACAAUGGCAACUAUCCGUACGGCAUCUACACGAUCCCCGAGAUCUCGAUGGUCGGCCAAACGGAGCAACAGCUUACGAAGGAUUGCGUGAACUACGAAGUUGGUAUCGCCAAGUACUCAGAAUUGGCUAAGGGCCAGAUGAUGGGUGCGAUGGCUGGCGGCACGCUCAAGAUCCUGUUCGACCCGGACACACUGAAGCUGUUUGGAGUGCAUGCCAUUGGAGAGGGCGCGACGGAGAUUAUCCACAUUGGCCAGGUUGCGAUGGCGAUGGGAUGCUCCCUAACGUACUUCCGCGAUGCGGUGUUCAACUACCCGACACUUGCUGAAGCCUACCGUGUUGCCGCCUUGAACGGACUGGGACGUCUGAGUCGCAACGCUGGUGAGCACUAG